AGGAUAGAAGACAAAGGCAAGGAGUAUGGCUCUUAUGUCAAAUCUGGAAAACUUCGUUGGUUUGUGAGAGAAACAGGAUCCUCCAAUAAUCCGCAUGGGACAAUUGUGUUUAUUCAUGGGGCUCCUACUCAAUCAUAUAGUUAUCGAGUAGUUAUGUCUCAGAUGGCAGAUGCUGGCUACCAUUGCUUUGCUCCUGAUUGGAUAGGAUUUGGUUUUAGUGAUAAACCCCAACCAGGAUAUGGAUUUUUAUAUACAGAAGAAGAAUUCCAUUCAGAAUUUGACAGGCUUCUCGCCACACUGGAUAUCAAUUCUCCAUUUUUCUUAGUGGUUCAGGGAUUUAUCGUAGGUUCAUAUGGAUUGACUUGGGCUUUGAAGAACUCAAACAAGAUUACCAAACUGACCAUUUUAAACAGCCCAUUGAAUGUUUCUUCUCCAUUACCCGGGUUAUUUCAAAAACUAAGGAUCCCACUUUAUGGCGAAUUUACAUGUCAGAAUGCUGUUAUGGCUGAGCGUUUUAUUGAAGCAGGCAGCCCGUAUGUUUUGAAGUUGGAGAAGGCUGAUGUAUAUCGAUUGCCAUACCUAGCAAGCAGUGGACCUGGAUUUGCAUUGCUCGAAGCAGCAAGGAAAGCAAAAUUUAAAGAUAUACUAGGUCGAAUAGCAGCUGGAUUUUCAUCUUCAAGUUGGGAUAAACCAAUAUUGCUUGCAUGGGGAGUAGCAGAUAAGUAUUUGCCUCUGUCUGAAGCUGAAGAGUUUCAGAAGGGAAACCCUGGUGUUGUCAAACUUAAGCCAAUAGAAGGAGCUGGUCAUAUGCCACAAGAGGACUGGCCAGAGAAGACAGUUGAAGCUCUAAGAACAUUUUUCUAGACGAAAUGUUAAAGCACUUAAACUCUGAUUUUGUGGCUAUCUGGUUGAUGAUUUGGAUUACCAUGUCAUUGAGAACUCUUCCAAUGAGUAAUAUGAUGAUGAGGUUGCCGGAUAACCAAAGUACUAGAUCAAACUCUUUUAAUAAUUAUAUGAUGAAAUGCGUGUAAUUUUGUUGGAUGUUAUCUACAUCAAUAAUCGACACUCUGUAAUUCUAAAUUUUGUUGUAAUUCUAUCUUUUGAGAAAGGGCCAAGUCUUGGGUAGUCAAUGCACGGUAUUUUUUUUGUUAAGUUGUGAAUUCUUUUGUUUGUAACUAAAACUGGAAUAAACAUUCUGAUUUUUAGAUAAUGUCUUCUCAGUUUUUUACCAUAAA